AUGAAGCCGUCGAAGGCAUGCCAGCGCUACAGAAGCGUCCGGAGAAACCCCAGCCAGCAUUACCUCUACCAGGAGUCCCUGCUGCUCAGCAACUUGGAUGACAGCUUUAAUGCUGAUGAGACAGGGGACAGCAAUGAUCCAGAACAAAUCUUCCAGAAUAUACAGUUCCAGAAAGAUCUCAUGGCAAACAUUCGCUGCAGACCCUGGACCAUGGCACAGAAGCUGGGAGCACUGAGGCGAGCUAAGGAGAUUGUGCUGAAGUUUGAAGGGAGGCUAACCAGGACCCGCGGCUACCAAGCAGCAGGUGCUGAGCUCUGGCGGAAGUUUGCGCGCCUGGCCUGUAACUUCAUGGCCAUCUUCAUUCCCUGGGAAAUGAGGAUAAAGAAAAUUGAGAGUCACUUUGGGUCUGGCGUUGCCUCCUACUUCAUAUUCUUGAGAUGGCUGUUUGGGAUAAAUAUUGUGCUGACAAUGAUGACAGCUGCUUUUAUUGUCAUUCCAGAGCUCAUCGCAGGCCAGCCCUUCGGAAGCACGGCCAGCAAGACCAUCCCCAAGGAGCACAUGGCUUCUGCUCAAGACCUGGACACCGUCUGGUCCCUGGGGGGCUACCUGCAGUACUCCGUUCUCUUCUAUGGCUACUACGGCAGGGAGCGAAGAAUCGGGAGGGCUGGCUACCGGCUGCCCUUGGCGUAUUUCCUGGUGGGGAUGGCCGUGUUUGCUUACAGCUUCAUCAUCCUCUUGAAAAAGAUGGCCAAGAACUCCCGAAACAGCCUGGCCAGUGCCUCCAAUGAGAACUACACCUUCUGCUGGCGGGUCUUCUGCGCCUGGGAUUACCUCAUUGGCAACCCAGAGGCCGCCGAGAGCAAAACGGCUGCCAUCGUGAACAGCAUCAGGGAGGCUAUCCUGGAAGAGCAGGAAAAGAGGAAAAGCAAAAACCUGGCGGUGACCAUCUGUCUGAGGGUUGUUGCCAACAUCCUGGUGCUUCUGUCGCUCGCGGGAAGCAUCUGCCUCAUCUACUUUGUGGUGGACCGGUCCCAGAAGCUGGAGCAGUCGGAGAAGGAGCUGACGCUCUGGGAAAAGAACGAGGUGAGCGUGGUGGUCUCCCUGGUCACCAUGCUGGCGCCCUCAGCCUUCGACCUCAUCGCCGCCCUGGAGAUGUACCACCCACGAACCACGCUGCGCUUCCAGCUGGCAAGGGUCCUUGUGCUGUACCUGGGAAACCUCUACAGCCUGAUCAUCGCGCUCCUGGACAAAGUCAACAGCAUGAGCACCGAGGAAGCUGCUACCAAAAAUAACACAAGCCACUGGAUAGAUCCUACCAUCUUCUCUGCCACUAGGAUGGCCCCCGAAGAAGAGAAAUGGUCCACACCUGGGCCGGGGACAGGGCUCCCAAGAAACAGCACAUGGGCCCCAGAAGAGACCAGCAUCCCAGCUUACACCUUGCCCCUCUCAGAGGCCAACAAGACCACCGUCUACACCCAGCGUCCACAAGACCAGUGCUGGGAGACAUACGUCGGGCAGGAGAUGCUGAAGCUUUCCAUCAUCGACAUGCUCUUCACCGUGGCCAGCGUCCUGCUCAUAGACUUCUUCCGGGGACUUUUUGUCCGGUACUUAAGCGACUACUGGUGUUGGGACCUGGAAAGCAAGUUUCCGGAAUACGGGGAAUUCAAAAUAGCGGAGAACGUGUUACAUUUAGUCUACAACCAAGGAAUGAUCUGGAUGGGGGCCUUCUUCUCCCCGUGCCUCCCGGCAUUCAACGUCCUCAAACUGAUCGGGCUCAUGUACCUGAGGAGCUGGGCCGUGCUGACCUGCAACGUGCCUCACCAGCAGGUGUUCCGGGCCUCCAGAUCCAACAACUUCUACCUGGCCAUGCUGCUGUUCAUGCUCUUCCUGUGCAUGCUGCCCACCGUUUUCGCUAUUGUUCGGUACAAGCCGUCCCUAAAUUGCGGGCCGUUCAGCGGACAGGAGAAAAUGUAUGACAUCGUGUCAGAAACGAUCGAGAAGGACUUCCCCGCGUGGUUUGGCUCCGUGGUGGGCUACGUCAGCAGCCCGGUGGUUAUCCUGCCGGCCGUGCUCCUGCUUUUCAUGCUCAUCUAUUACCUCCAGAGCAUCGCAAGGUCCUUAAAGCUCAGCAACCAGCAGCUCCGAAUGCAGAUCCAAAACGCCAGAUCUGAAGAUAAGAAGAAAGUUGCCCAAAUGGUAGAAGCCCGAAUCCAAACCCAAGAGGAAAGCAGCAAGAGGCUUCCAAAGGACAGUGACCUCAGCAGCCAGCUGUCCUCAGCUCACUCACUGACACCCCAAAGCAAUGGCACUGUGGUCAAUUUGGACUCAUCCAGCAGCAGGAGUGGCAGGGUGGGGACCGUCGCCCAACGCACACCCCCAAGUCCCCAGCCAGGCCUCAGCAGCCCCAGCUCGCCUCCUCCUGGCACCUCCAAAUCCAGGUCGGAGCAGGACGUUAACAGGUGUCUGCGUGGUCCGAGCUCGAGUGCAGGUGACCGGCGCGAGAACAGGCCCUGCUCACCCGUGACACAGAUGAAACGCAUGGAAGAUGUUCGCUCAGAACCUCUUUUCCGAAAAGACUUUCAGCAGAUCGACCGCCCUCUUCGUGGACCAGGGCUCUCGGCCAUGGUGUCGCGUGGUCCCAGGUCCCGUACCCCCAGAUACUGCAUCGUUAAUGAGCGAGAUUCUCGCCAAAAAACCCAUCCCACUUUCUGGCCAGAGGGACAUUUCAGGAUGGAUCCCUUGGGGGACCUCGUGGACAUGUGCCCCAGGACCACGCAACACGGUGCGUCCCGGGCCCCCCAGCAGGGGCCCUCUCCGCAGCUGAGUGAAGAAGAGGAAGGUGCCCCGAGGAGAGAGCUGGUCGAACGGUCUCUCCAUCCCCAGUGUCUGACACGCCUCCAAGGGGCGGCUCAUUUCUAUGUUGGCGACGGGUCAGAAAGCCGGACCCUGGCUCCCGAGUACCAAGGAAGGGUGCCCUUCAAGUCCUCGGACGAUGGCUUUGAGGCUCUGCUCGACAGGCCGGUGUAUGGGCACAGAAAGCCACGCUCCCGGAAUUUCCAGUCCGCACAGCACCCCCCGAAGCUCAGAGGCAAGCCCAAGGUCGAGCCAUCCCUCACCGAAUCGGAUUCCAUGUCGGCAGCGUCCAGCAGCGACCAGCAGAAUGGUGGCGAUGACCGGUCCCUCCAGGUCACCCGCAGCCAGGCCAAAUUCCCCAGGUCUGUGCGCCAGCUGGGCAAGAGGAAGGCCAUCUCCAGGCAGGAGCUGAUCGCGGAUCUGAGCGACCUGAUCUGCUCCAACGUCUAGGGGCUUCUUCAGUGUCGUGUUCACAGAAUGGGAGCCCUGCCGGAGUGCCGGCGUGGUCUGACAGCGUGCGGUACCCGCCUUCCGGAAGGAGACAUGAACACACAGCCCUGAGACAGGACCACAACUCCCCGUUCUCCAGCAAGCGCCUGCCAGGGGGCUGUGUCCAGGGGGCUCUCUGUGGCCAGCGCCUCGGGAACACUAGGCGGUCCUUUCAAAAACAUCCAUCCUUUCCCUGCAUUCCGGGAGGCCACAAAUCAGAGGCCAGCCAGACAGCUCAUCGGGACGGCUGAGCCUCUUCCGAGAUGUCUGCGUCCAUCCUUCCUCAUCCCCCGUGUGCACCCUUUGUACCGCCGUGCCUGGGACGUCUGUUUCAGCACGUGGGACUCAGUUCUCCCCUGAUAAGCACCCGGGAGCUACGUGCCCACCCUUUAAGAUCUCACAGUGCUUCGUCAGUUCACAUGAAUAAUCGGUUUUUGGAAUGACAGGAGUAACUAAGAUGGGAGAGCUUAUUACACUGUGUACCGGCUGCUUGCACAUCUGUAUUAACGAGUCAGGAUGGUUGGAUAAGAGGUAGCACAAUCCCCGAGGUUUACUGGUUCCUUUAACCAGAAAGUACGGGCUUCAAGCUGGUUUCAGGCUUGGCUGGCCCUGGGGGUCAAACACCUUCAGGAUCCUCUGUCUUUUCACCUGUUGGGUCUCCUUGUCUGUUAACCUCAUUUCCCCUUGAUGACGACAGGCUCCCUCCAGGUGGCAGGUGGAAGAGAAAUGCACAGCCAGAGAAAAUGGCAGGCUUACGGCACCCAGCCGAGAAGCCCACAGGGGGGCGAGGGGGGAGAACAGAGGCGUCCCUCCCCACUUUUCGCCGUCUUCGCCUGUAAUGGCUGGCACGCCUUCCACUGGUGCUGGACAGGGCUCUGCAAGAACAUGGGUUGGUCUGCUGUGGUCAACUGAAGGGUACCCCCUAUGCCCAUCUCCAAGAUCCCUCUUUCCACUCUAAAUUGUGCCUUUCGCGUCUUCUCUCCUCCACCAGACUGAGUGCCCGGGAAACAAAGCGUUGUUUGCUCCUUCUGACCCCCCAGCAACUGACGUAUGAUAGACGGUAUCGAGCAGUUUCUACUGCUGCAUAACACACUUAGUGGCUUAGAGCAGCGUGCAUGUAUCAUCUCACACUUUCUGGGGUGGAGUGCAGACACGGCCUAGCUGGGUGCGUCGCUCGGGGUCUCAGGCAAACUGUCGCCAGGCAUCUCCUCUGAAUUCAUUUACCUGAGGCUGUAGGAGGCCCUCUGCUUCCGUUCUCCAUGGCCCUCCCCCAGCACAGCUGCCUACACCCUCAAGACCAGCGAGAGAAGGCCCCUUCAGCCCUGAAGCUCCUUUUCCUGAGAAAUCCUGGAUGCUCUUACAAAGACCCCACCUGAUCAGGUCAGGCCC